CGUCGAUUGAAGUAAGUGAGAAGAUUCAUUUUUGUUUAUCGCGAAAAAAAUGCCAUCAACACGAAGUGAAGGGCUUGCCAACAUUCCACCGAAGGUGCGAAAGUUGGCGCCUCUUACCGAAAUAAAGGGUGGCACUUCAUCUUCUAGUAGUUCUAACAAGAGACGGACGACUUGUAUUACGGAGCCAGCAGUCACAGCCGCACUUGACCACUCGCAGGAGCUUCAAAACAAGAAUGCUCAAUUUGAGCAACCACGUACUGCGCAGAUGUUUGGUGCCCCAGCCGCGCCGAUGCUUCUUGUUGCUGGUGCCUCUCCAGUGCAGACGGACUCCUGGGACCCGACAACCGGAAGUUAUGGGGAACGUCAUUUGGAACAGCGACGUUGGCUGUCGCUCCUAUAGCUACUAAGUGGAGGAAGAUGGUCCACAGAGCUUUGAUCAUGCAGUAGUGGUCUUUGACCAAGUAGAAGUUGACGUGAAUCAAUAAGUAGAACGAAGAUCAUGAUGUUGACUUGUGAAAUCAGAUUUGUCCUCAACGAACCAAAGAGAUGAUCUUCUCGGAAAGUGAUCUAGCGAGUACAACUAUCAAUCUAAUCACAUCACGCCCACGCGACGAGCAGCGGCGGUUCAUCAUCCACUGCUGAUCAUCUGCUAUCUGACAGAGUGGUUCGAAAUGAUGAUGAUCAUGGACGAGACGCAGCGUCAGUGACAGGCAGGAACUUGUUUCAACGUGAGCACGACGAGUUCCUGACUCGUUUUGGUAUCGGAUCAGCGACGGAAAGACAAACAGGCUGCAGCUCCUCGACAACAACAGGAAAUAGAACUGCUGCUGCUUCUACGCUCACUGCUAAUCCAGCUGUCGUUCACUUAGGUCCGCCAUUAGCUGCAGUUCAUCAUGGCAAUAAUCAUGGCACCAGUGGUUCAUCUAGUACAAGAACUAUUGCUAGUACAGGUACAACUGCUUCUACUAGUACUACAGGUACAACAACAACAGCAACAACUACAACCUUUCACCCAGUUUCCAGAGGUAGUGGAUACUCAGCCAGAGAGCACCUCCAAGUUGAUGAUGAUGAGCAAGAGAUGGUCGUGAUGGAAAGACCUCCACAACACUACCACCUGCCACAGCGACGUAGGGGCUCCAGUCGGCAGGGGGGACCUGCCAGUGUGGAUUUUGUCGAUAUACCUGCAAAUGCGAUGAAUAGAGUUCCUCAACAAAGUGAUAACGACAACUUGCUUCAUCUUUCAGCGACAUCCUUACCCUUUUCCGCAGUCGAUAGCACUGAUAGAGCCCUUUUCCGUGUGCACGAAGAGAACAUGAAUAUGAUGCAGGAUGCGCGGGAUGAAGAAUUACGAGAAGAAGAAGCACGAGGAGGUGUGCAAGGUGCUGAGAGAAGCGCAGCAUCGUUACAACAAGUGGCCACCGACCCGCUCUUUGUAAUGCACAAACAUGAUGAUCCUGUGGUCUCGAGAAAAGAAACAGCGGCCUGCUUUCCCAGUGGUAGUACAACAACCACCCAAGAAACCCAUGUUCUGGACUCCUGCUCGCCUCUUUCUGAGGAGGAUGGGCUUUUAGGGGGAUCCCUGUCACUUCGCAGUUGUCGCACAGUCGCGACAUGCUCGCCAGUGUACAAUGAGACCGACUAUGCCACAGCGAUAGGAGGAGAUCUGUCGCAGAACAUGAUGCUAGGAAGUACUUUGCCGCCUGUUGAUGAAGUUGUAGGAGGUCCUGAUUCUGUUGAAGAACUACAACAAGUCAAGAUGGAGAAAGGGGGUAGUUGUAGAGGACCAAGAAGUAAUCCAGGUGACGUUGCGCACAUGAAUUUCGAUAAUCUUCAACAGGUAGAAGAUGAACAGCAUUUGUCGGCUAGUACCAUGGCGGCUGUCCCUCUAGUAGAUGGUCCGUCUUCCUCUUCGUCUUAUGGAAAUAAUGGAACUUCUUCUUCGAACAGCAUAGGCACAGCUACUAGAAGGUUGCGUCAGCAGGACGACGCGCGAUUAGAAACAGAGAAUCGACCACGACAUCUUCAAAGAUUAGAUCAUGAUUACAUCGCAAUGUCUCGCUCAUCUCAGCCUCAGGCUCAGCAGCACCUAACAGCAUCACGGAACAGCAACAGUCAGAGUUCAUCACAACGUGGCGACAUAUCUAUGCUGGCAUCAUCACCGCCGUCAUCAGUUGACAGUACUAGUUGUCUAGCGACGUCGCUAGCGACGUCGUCGUCCUCACGCUUAUUGCCGCCACCCGUCAUGGCAAGCGCAAGUAAGGAGACGCUGGUCGUGCCAGCACAAGGGGGCAUUGCAGAAAACAGAUUAGAAUCUUCUAAACAGAGUCAUGGUCAUGUUGAGGAUCUUGCCUUUCCGCAUCAUGGGUUUGGAGUGGAUGGCGUGAUAAAGGUACGGCAACAAGGUCAAGAAGAAGCAGAAGACCACGACCACGACCACGGGUCGAUAGGAAUGCCUCUAACAAGUACUUCAGAGACGGAAGAAGAUCAGCACACCGGUCCUGCUCAUAGUCAGCACAGCUUGCGAGGACAAGCGCAGGUGGAAACGUCUGCAUCUGUUGAGCUGCCUGCUGAAGGGCAGGACGAUACUCAAAACAUAAACAUUGAUGUGAUCACGACCAGUAGGAUGAAUAUCCCCUCUCUCACGUCGACAUCAACAGCUAGCAGUGGGGGCUUUCAUAUUACCAAUUUCAAUUAUGGAGCCGACACGAGGACAAGCACAAGACAAGCUGCGAAAAAAAGCACAAGCCGCGAUCUUCAAAAUGGAAACGUUGCUGAGGUAAUCAACACUUCACUUCUACCUGAACACAGACAAACAACCGACAUCGAGUUAAAGAACUACAUCGAUAAAACUCCUAGUCCAACAAGAACGACUACGACUGGUGCAUCCGGGGAUGAAAAAUUCAUUCGCUUUGACAAGAUGCGUUUACUUUUAAUCGACAAACUUGUCCGCUUUCGUCGGGAUCAAGCACUUGGCCAUGGCUUCGCAGCGUGGGAAAGGGCUGCUACUCUGAAAAAAACCAAGACAAGACAAGCGAUUGUGCAUUGGGAAGAGCUUACGACUUCUCUAUUGCAACAGGAAAGUAAGUCAACUCGGGAACGAGUGGAGGAGGUGAUUUCUCUGGCCCGCGAGCUCUAUUCCCCGCUAGCGAGGUCAAUUUGCAACAGUAGAAGAACAAUCAUGCCAGAAGUAGGGACAUCUUCAUCUGCAUCAUCAUCGUCGUCAUCAUGUACUGCUGUUUCAGCACCAGGUGCAGCAUAUGUGGAAGAGGAUAUGCUGGAGGUUCAAGAUGUAGAAGAGCAAGAUCUUCCUGAAACACCUGAGACGAGAAGAAAAAAGACAAGGGACACCCACCUGCUUCGGCUUUUUGACCGAAAGCGGCAGAAAGAGCUUAAAACAUCGCUUACACGGUGGAUUCGCCGUGAUGCAGUGAGGCAAGCAGAACAGGUCUAUUUGAGACGAGCAAAGGCGUUUAUUCUUGGUGCUGACGUGAGGCGUCGUCGUGCGCGAGUGCUAGAUACCUUUCGUGGUUGGCGAGCUGUCUCCUACAGUGCGCAGGACUCGAGAGCGGAACUAGUGGCUGCAAUGUUGGUCUUUCUAGGUAUUGAGAAGAUGUCUAGAACACGGCUGAGGGAAGGAUGGAAUAGCCUCGUGUUACCAUCUAAUGGAGGUGGUGGUCUCUAUGAAGAAGAUGGUGCCAGCACACGCGGGAUGAAUACGCCAACAUCAACGUUUUCUCAGCAACUAAGGAGGCUGGAAGACAAGCGAUUUAACAGAGGGAAAGCAGGUACUGAACAUGAUCCGGAUCUACUUACUUGCUUGAUUAUGACUCUGUCAUGUCCCAUAUAAAAUUCAAUGGGUUUAUUUUAGUAGGGACCGCUUCAGCAAUUUUCAGGCUUUGUUCUGUAACACGAGCACAACCACCAGUGAUGAAUGAUGAAAAUACAGAUGUUGGGGUUCAUGUUCCUUCUAUUUCGAUUUUUUCACAUUCUCACAUCAUCUUCAGACCCUUCGUCCGCUCGCGAAACCGCCUCUCAAAUGUCGUCCUACUCUCGUGCUGACUCCGGCUGGACGGGGGUUUCGAACCAGGAGUUUGAGGACCGUUUUAACUCUUUGACAAGCGAACUGGAACUAAAUCGUGCAGAAAUGAUGCUGCAACAAAAACUCUUCCAAGACGAACGCAACGACCUCCAGAACGAGCUUUUGAGGGAGAAGCGGAGAAAUUUUCACAUCCAAAAUUCUGGUGCAACUGGAGGGAGGUCAGCGCAGUACUUGUCAUCUUCUUGCAAUGGUAGUGAGAUGAUGACAAGUGAUCCAUCUUCUUCGAGGGCUGCUGAUGGCGCCACCAAGAAUAGUAGCAUCAUGACCACCAGCAAUGCUCGACGUGCGAAUAUGAUAGCUCGUGGCGGCACGCUGCUGUCGGGGAAAAUGAAUUUUGGGCAAAGAGAAGCAGUCAGCAUUCGCAGAGAGUCUUGCGUCUUCGUGAAGUUUCAGUGGGGCAAAGGUCUUUAUCGAAAAUCAAAUACUGCGAAAGGAGUAGCAAAGAUUUUCCUACUUCUAGACCUGCAUCAGAGGAGCAAAGGAGGAAAGGUGGCGCAACAUCAACAUCACGAUAGUAGAACAAGAUCGACAUCCUCGUCAACAAGAGCUUCGAGUGGACUAGCUCGUCGUAGUUCGACUCCUGGGCGCGCUUUUGCACGUGUUAGAAGUAUGCUUAGUGGUGGAACAACAGCCUCAUCAUCUAAAGAUACAACUUUUGGCGGCAUGAAAACUACAACUACGUCUUCUUCAACUUCAAAUCCACCUACUACUCUCUGCCUCUCCUGGGCAGAGAGGACAAGAUUGAUGACCAAGACCACUAAGAUAUGACAGGAAAAAGCGUACUCAUCCUCAGAAACAUAGCUACUUCCCUGCUUCAUCAAUUCUAGCUGAUUAUUUCAAUCCAUACUGCUUAUCUGCUUGAGUAUGAGUACACUUCUUCCUUUCAUAUAAGAAAGUGUCUCUUGACCGCAGUUGCACGCUUGGAAUCUCCUACACUUUUCGCGACGCGUGGUGCUGGUCUUCUCUGGCUUCUUCAGCUUCAUCUGGCAGCGAAGUCGUGCCAGCUACGCCAGAGCUUUCCAUAGUGGUUGUCGGUCGAGAACGAGAUCUAGAACUUGUGGCUCCGAAUUUCCAUCAAUUUCUCAAUUGGUUUCUCGGUCUCCAAUACCUCCUCUUGUUGAGACAAAAAGCUGAUGAAGGGUUGCUCUCCUUGGAGUGGAACUUCCAAGACCCAGGUGACAUCUCGAACAGUAUCAUUCUGUUAAGGCUACAAUAAAUCAAUGCAUCUUGUUGGUCUGCCAAAGCAUCAUCAUUAUCAUCGUCGUCUUGUUUGAUCCCGUAGUCUGUUUCUCAAGUGAAAAGAGUCGGAAACGGACACCAAGAUGUGCUACUUGAGGAUGGACGAUUCACUGUAGGGCAUCAUCUAAUGCUGAGCGCAGCUCAAAGGGGUAGUCGGCUUCUACUCACUCGCAGGCAGUUGGUUUUUCGCUACAUCUGGCGCAAGCUGUUGAGAGCCUACGGUGGAAACAAGCACAACGUGAAGGAGGCAUUUUUCGCGGCAAUAGAUGAAGCAGCAGUGGCGCGACUGUAGUGCUGGUGGAGGUAGUGGAGAUGAUUGAAGAUUAGCAUCAACAAUGCGGACUAAGAACUAUGUUGACGACCGUUUUAUUCCAAUUUGUGACUCACAAAAUGGAACUUGUGACUCACAAAAUGGAACUUGUGACUCACAAAAUGGAACUUGUGAUAUAAUACAAAUUUAAAGCAUAUCCUUCUUGAUGAUAACUCAUUCUCAAUCUCUGCGGACAGACGCUGACAAUAAGAAAGAUGAAGAUAGUUGAUUCUCCAGUUACGAAGUAGCAGAAUAAGAAAGAAGAUAGUUGAUUCUCCAGUCAAUAGGAAAGAAGAUAGUUGUACUAGUUAUACUAAGCGGCAGAAUUGUUGGCUCCUGUGGCCUGUGGCUAUGCUUGUUUCUCGAGCGCCAAAUUGAAACAAAGACGUAGGUACUCGAAUGAUGGGAUGCUUUAUGCUGCUACAUUGAGACGAGACCAGAAUUUCGUUGUUUUUGAUGUUGAAUCUUACUACAAUCUAUCACUUGAUGGCAGCAGAUAGACUACCUUUUGCGUGUGAAAUCUUCAGUCAGUGUGAAAAGACCAGUCAGAGUUGCACUAGGCGCUUUAGAUGGAGUGCUUUUCUUAUGAAUUUCAUUGAGUGACGCCAAUGUUGUUGAAUUAUUUUUUCCGAAUCUCUCCCUCACCCUCCCUCUCUUCACUCCUAGUCCAUCAUGGAUGCCAAGGGAAGAACUUUGAUGGGUGUUGUACAAGUAGAUCGCAUUUUCAAACACUGCGUUCUCUGCUCAACAAAAGCUCACUCUCAAUCGCGUGGCUUCAAACGAAU